AUGUCUAUCAAAGACCAGGUGGAGGCAUUGGAUCGUCUCAGAUACGGUGAAACAAACUGCAUUUUUGCAACUCAAGUUGCGGAAGAAGGAAUCGACAUACCCGAGUGCGACCUGAUUAUUCGAUUCGAUCUUUAUGAUACUGCAAUCCAGUACAUCCAAUCCAAAGGCAGGGCACGUCAGGCGAAUUCGCUUUACGUCAUCAUGAUUGAACAAGACAAUAAAGAUCACCUUCGUAGAUCAUUGCAAGCCUCGAGAGACGCUCAUUCACUGCGGCGCUUCUGCUCUUCUCUCCCAUCCGACAGAAAAAUUCAGGAGAUGAACGAAAGCCAGCUCAAGUUGCAAGCAAACUCACAAAUUGCAUUUGAGGUUCCCCAAACAGGCGCCAGAUUGACCUUUGACUCCAGCCGGCAAGUUUUAGCCAAGUUUGUAUCAUCGGUGUGCAGUGGUACCGCGGAUGCUCACCCAGAAUACAUCGUCACACUGACAAAUACGGGUAAGUUCACGGCGACAGUACUGUUGCCUAGUUCAUGCCCGGUGAUGUCGUUUUCUGGUACUCCCCAACGCAGUAAGCUUCUCGCACGAGGCUCAGCAGCAUUCAAGGCAUGUAUCGAGCUAUUCAACCUCAAGUACAUUGAUGGAAAUUUUCGCUCAACUUUAAAAAGACUACUGCCGAGAAUGCGUAAUGCUCGGCUUGCUCUGAGUGACAAGAAGCAAUCAGAAUACGGCAUGAAGUAUAAACCAACGCUAUGGGCUGGGCGCACAACGUCACAAUUAUUCGUCGCCACAUUAUCAAUCAAGGGGAUGGGCCCGACUGGAAGACAUGGUCGUCCGCUCUGCAUCUUGACACAUGCCGAAUCGCCUACAAUUGAGCCGAUAAAACUUUGGAUAGCUCGCGGCAUCCAGUCAAUCUUGGCACACAAACGAUGCGCUAGGCCGCUUACAUUGACUGAAGACGAAGUGGCUGGUUUGGCCAGAUUCACUUUGACAAUAUUCAAGGACAUAUUCAGCAAGGAUUUCGAUUGCAAUUCGGAGGAAAUGCCAUAUUUCCUGGCCCCUUGCCUCCUUUCAUCAGCCGUGGCCAACCUCGGCGAGACUGGUCGUCCGUGGGAUGGAGAGGGCAUAAUCGACUGGGAGCUCGUUAAAAGAGCGGGAGAAGUUGAAACGCAGGCCACUUCAACUUCUUCAAGCUCAGCAGAUCUUGAGUAUCGAUUUUUCAUCGAUCCGUGGGAUGGGUCUCGGAAAUUCUUUACUUCCAAGGUCAACACUGACUACAAGGCAUUUGACCCCGUUCCAAAAGGCGUGCCACCUCCAAAAUGUCGCAGUUAUUUCCGGGUGGAGCAGAAUAUUGCCCAGUACAGCAACAGUCUGGCGUAUAAAAGUAGGCAAAACAUCAGCUGGAACCCGGAGCGGCCAGUGUUCAACGCAGAACUCCUUCCAAUUAGGAGAAACAUGCUUUGUGAACCCGGCCCCGAAGAUGUUGACUCACCCAGAGACUGCUACAUUAUUUUAGAACCAUUGGUUUUAUCAAACGUGAGAUACCACCUCCAGCCUCCGCUACUAAAGGUAGCUAACCCACGCCAGCUUCCUAUCGAUGUUGUCGUCACAGCUUUGGCUCUCCCAGUGACAAUAUAUUCCAUCGAGUCAACAGCCAUUGCAAUGGACGCUUGUGAGCUUUUCGAUUUGGCUAUUUACCCCCCAUUAGCGUUAGAAGCACUUACAAAAGGUGAAACGGAAAUUGGCGUUCAACCUGGCAAGAAUUACGAGCGACUCGAGUUUCUGGGUGAUGCGUUUCUAAAAAUGGCCACAACGAUAUCUCUGUUUACAUUGAUGCCCGAGACCAACGAAUUCGAAUACCAUGUCGAGCGCAUGAUUCUAAUUUGCAACAAGAAUCUUUUCAAUCACGCGGUGGACAGAGGUCUACAGGAGUACGUGAGAUCCAGAGGCUUCGAUCGACGGUCAUGGUACCCUGAUGUCGUGCUGCGGAAAGGCAAGAGACACAAAUUUGUAGUCACUCACCGACUAGCCGACAAAUCUAUCGCCGAUGUAUGCGAGGCCCUUAUCGGUGCCGCGUACAUGACAGAACCCGAGGGGAAGAUGGAUUUACCUGUGAAGGCGGUAACUGCAAUGGUGCAGAGCAAGAAGCAUAAAAUGACAAAGUACAGCGAUUACUACGAGGCAUAUAUCCCACGACCUUGGCAAACUAUGCCACCUCGCGCCAUUGAGCUGCUUGCGGUGGAUAAGAUGGAGGAAUACAUCGGGUACAGGUUUGGCUCCCCGAAACUCCUAAGGAGCGCAUUCAAACAUCCUUCGUACCCGUAUGAGCCUGAGCUUCCAAACUACCAGAGGCUGGAAUUUCUCGGUGACGCACUCCUUGACGUGGCCAUUGUCGACUUUUUAUUUCGACGACACCCCCUCGCCGAUCCUCAGUGGCUUACAGAGCACAAAAUGGCCAUGGCCUCCAACCACUUCUUCGCGUAUCUUUGUGUAGAGCUUGGGCUACACAGGCACAUGCUGACUACAGGCUCAGCCAUCAUGGGCACGAUAGCCGGUUUCGCGGAACAAAUCGAAAAGGCAAAAUCGUGCUCCGGGCAAACCAACGGCGGCAUUCCCAAAGCCAACUUCUGGCUGGAUACAGAGCACCCUCCCAAAGCACUUUCGGACACUUUGGAAGCGGUUGUGGGCGCCAUGUACGAGGACUCCAAGUACGAUUUCAGCACAGUCGGCAGAUUCUUCAGCAGGUUCAUGGCGCCGUAUUUCCAAGACAUGACGCUGUACGACACAUAUGCCGCAGGGCACCCAGUCACGAAAUUGACCAAACUCUUGCAAGAGACGUUUUGUUGCCAGUCAUGGCGACUCUGCGUGACACCUGUGCCUUGUGGUUCAGAGACUGGGGCCUCGGCAAUGACGGACAGCAAUGUGGUCUGCGCACUGAUGAUACAUGGGAAGAAGGCUGCUCACAGUGUACGAGGGAGUGGACGGGACGCGAAGAUUGCUGUAGCAGCAGCGGCGUUGAAGAAGAUGCAAGAUAUGAACGGAGAUGCAUUUCGGACAGUGACGGGCUGUGAUUGUGAUUGCGGAGGAACGGGAGAGUAA